AUGGGCCUCGUCUCGAUCUUGGUGGACCUGGUGAGGUCGCCUGGAGUCAACCCGGUCAACAUGAAAGCGCGUGCCCUGCCGAUCCUGAACCCUUUCAAUGUCUAUGGCCGUGUCUUCUUCUUUUCGUGGUUUGGCUUCAUGAUGGCCUUUUGGGCGUGGUUUGCCUUUCCACCGCUGUUGACUACUACGAUCGUAAAGGAUCUUGACCUGACGGCGGCCCAAGUAGCCAACUCAAACAUCAUAUCCAUAUGUGCAACGAUGCUCGUCCGGUUCAUUGCCGGCCCCCUAUGUGAUCAGUUCGGCCCUCGAAAGGUCUUCGCUGGCUGCCUCCUCCUGGGCUCCAUACCCAUCGGUCUCGCCCCCCUGGUCCAGAAUGCCGGCGGGCUCUACACAAGUCGCCUCUUCAUCGGCAUCCUGGGAGGUUCCUUUGUACCCUGCCAGGUAUGGACCACGGGAUUCUUCGACAAGAACAUCGUAGGCAGGGCCAACGCAAUCGCGGGCGGCUGGGGAAAUGCCGGCGGCGGCCUUACUUACUUUAUCAUGCCGGCCGUGUACGACUCGUUCGUUGGAUAUGGAUAUCCUGCCGACCAGGCGUGGCGGCUUACGUUCAUCCUGCCCCUGAUCAUGCUCAUCGUCACGGGCCUGGGGCUUCUCUUACUCUGUCCUGAUACCCCUACGGGCAGAUGGAGCCGGCGAGAGCUGCACGUGCAGGAGGAGAACAUAGCAGCCUUGGACGAUGGUGUGGGUGCGAGGGGACCGAUCGUCGCCGUGCCGGGACCCACCACUGAUAGACCAUCCACGUGCUCCAUGACAACGCUCGAGACCGUGAACGACAGGCCCGACCAAUCCACCAGGCCCACAAGGGACCCAUCCUCCUCAAGAAGAGGAGAAGGAGCAGAAGCAAGCGAGACAGACCUCGCAGCCCACCAGGACGAGAUCAUCAUCAAUCCCUCGGUAGCAGAGAUCCUCAAAGUCACCCUCUGCCCCCAGACCUGCACGCUCAUGCUCUGCUACGCCUGCUCCUUCGGCGCCGAGCUGUCCAUCAACGCCGUCCUGGCCGCCUACUACCUUGCCAGCUUCCCCUACCUAGGCCAGACACGCGCGGCCCACUGGGCAGCCAUGUUUGGGUUCCUCAACCUCGCCGCGCGGCCCCUGGGCGGCAUCAUCGCCGACGCACUGUUCAACCACCCGGCCCCCUCCGGCUCACCCACGCGCGCCCUCUGGCUCAAGAAGGCCUGGCUGCACCUCUGCGGUGUGCUGGCGGGCGUGCUGCUGAUCAUCACCGGCACGGCCGAUGUGGGGAGCUUGCCCACGUUCAACGGCCUGGUCGCGCUCGCAGCGGUAUUUCUGGAGGCCGGCAACGGGGCCAACUAUGCACUUGUGCCGCAUGUGCAUCCGUAUGCGAACGGCGUGGUCUCGGGCUUGACCGGUGGGUUCGGGAAUCUGGGUGGGGUGGUGUUUGCUAUUAUUUUUCGGUUCAUGGAUGAUGGGACGGGGUAUGCAAAGGCGUUUUGGGUUAUUGGGUGUAUUCAUGUGGGGGUGAAUCUGCUGGUGGCGUGGAUUCCGCCGAUUCCGAGGGGCCAAGCGGGAGGGCAUUGA